CCGCGGCGCCCGCCCAAAAAUUCCCCAACUCCCGCUUGGCGUUCGCCGUUCCCCUCUCCCAGCCCCGCCUCUCGCCGCUUAGGGUUCCGACCCCCACCGCGCUCCGCCCCACCUGCCCCCUCCGCGAUGUCGCAGCCCGUCACCCCGCGCCGCACCACCCGAUCCUCCGCUUCGGUGUCCGAUCCCGCUUCCUCGUCCUCCCCUCCCAAAUCCAGACCUAAGCCCUCGCCCAGGCGCCGGCUCCUCGCCCCCGCCGCCGCAAAGGAGGACGAGGACGAGCAGCGGCAGCAGAAGAGCUCCAUCGACGCGCUCCUCGAGGCGUUGCCCGGCCGCCGCGCGCAGGCGACGGACCUCCUCCGUCUCCUCGCGCCCGCGCCGGCGCUCCCGUUGCUCCUCCACGGGGGCGCCGCCACGGGCAAGACGCGCGCGCUCCUCCUCGCACUCCGCCACGUCCGCCCCCGCCCGCGGCGCGUCGCCUACGCCGCGCUCCGCUCCCUCCCGUCUCCUCGCGCCCUCUUCGCCUCCCUCCUCUCCCAGCUCAACCUAUCGUCGUCAUCCACCUCUCGCCAGCGCGUCCCUGACAAGCCCUCUGACUUCGUCGCCGCCCUUCGGGACGCCCUCGCUGGCCUCUCCGCCCAGGGCGAGGUCGUGUAUCUAGUGUUCGAUAACUUGGAGGUUGUUAGGAGCUGGGACAAGGGCGGCCAGCUUCUCCCCCUCAUCCUCCGCCUCCACGAUCUCCUUCGGUUGCCGCAGGUUGUGCUGGUCUAUGUAAGCAGUGCAACGCCUGACGCGUACUACUCCAUGACUGGCUCUAUAGAGCCGAAUCACAUUUACUUCCCGGAUUACACAGUGGAUGAGGUCCGGGACAUUCUGAUGCGAGGCCAACCCAAUCCGAAGCUGUACUCAUCCUUCCUGAGUGUGGCGCUGAAGCCAUUAUUCCGGGUAACAAGGAGGGUAGAUGAACUGGCCGCCACACUGGAGCCACUUUUCAGGAAGUACUAUGAGCCACUGGGGGAUUUGAAGGCAGUUCCGGAUGAAGGCAUUAAGAGGAAGUUGUUUGAACAUAUACAACCACAUUUGGCUGUUGCUUUGAACGAGACAUUCAGUGUUCCCAUGAGGGCUUCAGUGGAAGAAUACAAGGACAUCAGUUCUGGUGUGAAGGCCAGUGCUAAAAGGCAGUUUGGAAGUAGAGAUAGUUUAUCAACUGAAUUGGAGUUCCACAUGUCCGUUUCUGCUAAAUACCUACUAUUGUCUGCCUUCCUAGCUUCAAGGAACCCGGCUACUCUUGAUGCAGCUUUGUUUGAUUCAACUGGUGGGUCAGAUAGCCGUAAACGCAAGAGAAAGAGCUCUCAGGUUUCAUUGGCUAUGAAGGACACCAUGGUUGAAGAGAUGCUUAUGAAAGGCCCUGGUACAUUUCCUCUUGAGAGGCUCUUGGCUAUAUUUCAGUGCAUUACAUCAGUGUCAGAAGAUGCUCUCAGUGAUGUUGAAUGUCCUGAUAGUACGAUCGAUGGAGGUGGAAUGACUUAUUUGAUGUCAGAUGUUCUUUUGCAAUUGUCAACACUGUGCAAUUCUAAUUUCCUAUCAAAAAGCCGGAGCUGCCCACUAGAAGGCUCAGCUAGAUAUAGGUCCAACAUUGACGAAGAUUUAGCUCUCAAGGUUGCCAGGAGUGUCAGUUUCCCCCUCUCAAAGUAUAUCUACAGAAGAUAGCAUUUAAAUUCUCAGUCUAGGUUGUAAUGACUGGUAUUGUUAGGUUUAGAUUCUAUUGUGAUCAGCUGCCUGAGAUCUAUCUAGUUGCCUUGAUUGUAGAGCAUCAAGGGACAAGGCAAGUGCUAGAUGCUUUAUGCUAUUUAGUUUCUUGACUUUCUUCCAUUAUGUUGCUCUCUCCGACAUUGAGUUUGGUACUCAAUCCUGAAUUUACUGUCAACUGAACAUUUCUGAACUUCAUUUAAAUGCCUCAGAAGCUACUUGUGCUUCAGAAAGGAAAAGAAAAAACCAUCAGCAACUGAAGGUUGCAAUGUUUAAUUGGAUUGCUAGAUGUUCUUUUCUUCACAAUCUGAAUGUAAUGACAUCAGCACGAUC